UUUGUGUUUAGAAUAAUAAUAUUAAAUCACAUUUCGACAUAGACAAAUAGUACAAAUGGCAGGCAAGAAACACCAAGUCGCCGUCAUUGGCUCGGGCAACUGGGGCUCAACAAUCGGCAAAAUCCUCUCCGAAAACACCGCUGAGCACCCGGACCUCUUCCACAAAGAGGUGCGCAUGUGGGUAUUCGAAGAAGACAUCACCGUCCCCGAAGACUCCCCGCAUCGCUCGAAAUACGGCGACAAGCCGCAGAAGCUGACCGAGGUCAUCAACGCAACACACGAGAACGUCAAGUACCUCCCGGGAAUUAAGCUGCCCGAUAAUCUACGCGCAACACCGGACAUCGGCGAGGCCGUCAAGGACGCAAGUAUCCUCGUCUUCAACCUCCCGCACCAAUUCAUCGGGAAAACCCUCGAGCAGAUGAAGGGUAAGUAUCUGCCCUACGCGCGCGGGAUCUCGUGUAUCAAGGGCGUCGAGGUUGAAGAUGGGGUCGUGACUCUGUACUCCGAGCUCAUCAUGGAGAAGCUGGGGAUCUACUGCGGUGCGCUGUCGGGGGCGAACAUCGCGCCGGAAGUCGCAGCCGAGCGGCUCUGCGAGACCACCAUUGGAUACGACCCGCCGCCAAUGGAUCUCACGUCGCAUGAUGGCUCGCCGAAGGAUAAUCUGGUCAAAGUCGACGAGCAGCGCCAGGACAAGACGAAGCCGUCGAGUAUAAAGUUGCACCCGAUGCCACAGGAUUAUCCGCAUGUUGAUGCUGAGUUACUUGAGAACCUCUUCGAGAGGCCAUACUUCUUUGUACAUGUCGUCAAAGAUGUCGCUGGCGUAGCGCUGGGCGGCGCGCUGAAGAAUAUCAUUGCCCUCGCGGCGGGCUUCGUCACGGGGAAGCAAUGGGGAGAGAACACAAAGGCCGCGCUGAUUCGGCUGGGCGUGCAGGAGAUGAUUCUCUUUGGGCGGACGUGGUUCCCUAAAUCCGUCAACGAGGCGACGUUUACGGAGGAGAGUGCGGGCAUUGGGGAUCUUGUUGCGAGCGCCUCUGGUGGAAGGAAUUUCCGCUCUGCGUGCCAUGCUGUGGAGCAGGGGGUGAGCGUGUCGGAGAUCGAGGAGAAGGAAAUGAACGGACAGAAGCUGCAGGGGGUGUCGACGGCGCGGAGCGUUUAUAAGUUCCUCGAGAAGCAUAACAAAACGGAGGAUUUCCCGUUGUUUUCUGCGGUUUAUCACAUCUUGGAAGGAAAUGCCGAGGUGGAUGAUCUGCCCAACCUGCUCAACAAGAAGAAGAAAUAAUCGUUCCCCUAGAUAGAUGGCCGGGGAAGAUUUCGUAAUGUUAGAGUUCGAUCAUGAAGGAAGGUAAUUUAAUGAUUUAGCAAUGCAUAGGCUCGAUCGUCAAUCUCAUUAAAUCGGGGCGCCUCAUACUGGACAAUUUCCCUCAAUUCCUAAUAGCGACCAUUACACCAGUCUACCAACUUCUGAUAUCAAAAAAUCACAAGCCCAAAGCCUUCAACAAGGCCUUCCCAACCCCCGCCGCACUAGCCGGGUUCUGCCCCGUAAUCAAAUCACCCCCGAGCUCCUUGACCUUGGAAACAACAAUCUUCUCGCCCCAAGGCUCCGCCGCCUUGACAUACUUCCCACCAGAUUUCUUCUGCAGCUCAUCUUCAAGCAGAAACGGCAUAACCGAGCUCAGCUGUACUUGAUCUUCUUCUGCGUUCGAGAACCCCGUCACCUCGGCGUCGGCGACGAGCGGCUUGCCGGACGGGGUGGUAACGUUGACGAAGACGCAGGGGCCGUGGCAGACGGCGGAGACUGGCUUUUUGGCUUCGGCGAAUUUUUGGAUAAGUUUUAUGGAGGUGGGAUCGGUGGCUAGGUCGAACAUUGCUGUUGUUGCGCUUGUUAGUGUCUUAUCCGUUGUUGGGGGUGCAUUGGUCGGUGUUGGGCGACAUACGGCCAUGUCCACCGACAUAGAAAAUCGCAUCAAACUCUCCCGCGCGAGGGAGGACAUCAGCGAGCUUCUCGGUCUUCUUCCAGAGCGCCGUCUGCUCCUUCAGGAAUUUCGACGAGACCGGGUCGUCCUUGAACAUUUCGACCGAGCCGGGGUCGAGGGGCGCCUCGCCGCCCUUGGGCGAGGCAAUGGUGAGCUCGGCCUUGUCAUGGAGGACGUCCCAGGGGUGUGCAAAUUCUGGCUGUUGCAGAAUCAAGGCUCAUGUCAGCUCAAUCUGAAACCCGGGCGCGGGGAAAACUGGAUUGUGCGGUCGCACGUACCAGGUACCAGCCAGUGGGGUGGUUGUUGGCUUGGAUCUUAUCGAAAGAGGUGAGGACGACGAGGACUUUGGGAGCCAUUUUGUUGAAUUUAAAUAGAAUCACUGGUGAGUUGCGUGGAUGAGAUGGAAUUCUUCA